AUGAAGGCCACCCCGUUGCUCAUCUCAUGGCAUAAUGACAAUGCCCCUAUCUACUCGGUGCAUUUCGAUCCCAAUGGCAAGGGCCGAUUAGCUACUGCUGGAAAUGACAAUAACGUCCGACUCUGGAAAGUCGAGUCCACCGGGGAGGAAAGAAAAGUCUCUUAUUUGAGCACCUUGAUUAAGCAUACACAGGCCGUCAAUGUGGUCCGUUUCAGCCCGAAAGGUGAGAUGCUGGCAUCUGCCGGAGAUGAUGGAAAUGUCCUACUCUGGGUACCAUCGGAGAUACAAACACAAGCUGGGCUGGGUGAAGAUCGGUCAGACGAUAAAGAAACCUGGCGAGUGAAGCACAUGUGUCGUUCGUCUGGCGCCGAGAUUUACGACCUGGCCUGGUCUCCCGACGGUGUUUUUAUCAUUACAGGUAGCAUGGACAACAUCGCACGGAUUUACAAUGCCCAAACUGGGCAAAUGGUACGACAGAUUGCCGAGCAUUCUCACUAUGUUCAAGGCGUAGCAUGGGAUCCGCUUAACGAGUUUGUCGCGACUCAAUCGUCAGAUCGGUCCGUUCAUAUUUAUACAUUGAAGACCAAGGAUGGGCAAUUCACAUUGACACCACACGGGAAGGUCCUCAAGAUGGAUCUCCCUACCAAACGUAUCGCAUCCAGCAGUCCUGCGCCUCCAGAUGUGACUAACCGGUCUCAACAAACUGCUGGAAAUUCCAUGGCUAUUGCCUCGCCUGCUCCCUCAACUCCGGGGACUCCAAUGGCUUCCAACCUACCCAUGGAUCCUCCUCCAGUCUCACAUAGCCGGCGUUCUUCGUUCGGCUCGUCUCCUUCCAUCCGGCGGUCUGCGUCUCCUGCUCCGUCUCUCCCGUUGCCUGCCGUUAAGCCAUUGGAGGUCUCCUCCCCAAGUCUUGGUGGCCUCGGGGUCAAGAACGCCAGCAUUUAUGCCAACGAGACGUUUACUUCUUUCUUCAGGCGACUGACUUUUGCUCCUGAUGGAAGCUUGCUGUUCACACCCGCUGGUCAAUUCAAAACUACUCACGUAUCAGCUACGGAUUCUACAAAGACGACCGACGAGAUCAUUAACACGGUUUACGUGUACACACGGGCUGGUUUCAACAAGCCCCCGAUCUCUCAUCUUCCAGGGCACAAGAAGCCGUCGGUAGCCGUCAAAUGUUCCCCGGUCUUUUACACGUUGAAGCAAGGCACGCAGCCCGCGAAAAACAUUACCCUCGACACGUCUUCGGGUGAGGAGACGUUCUCGUCUCUUCCAGACCCCGUGGUAUCGGGAACCGCAUCUUUCACCAGCCAACCCCAUGCAGUCCCUCCAUCAACAACGGCCGAACCAUCAAAGACUCAGCCAUCCCAAAAGACCACUGAGGAUGGCGGCAAUGAAGCAAGCCAGAGCUCGGCGCCCGUCUUUGCACUUCCUUAUCGCAUUGUAUAUGCUGUUGCCACCCAAGACGCUGUUUUGGUAUAUGACACGCAACAACAAACCCCGCUAUGCAUUGUUAGUAAUUUGCAUUUUGCUACUUUCACUGACUUGACCUGGUCCGCCGAUGGGUUAACAUUGAUCAUGAGUUCCUCUGAUGGCUUCUGCUCUACACUCUCAUUCGCACCUGGAGAGUUGGGUCAAACAUACAUAGGACCAGCCUCUGUGGCUCACAACCCUGCAAACCCCACCACCCCUGCGACAAAUCUCACACCUCUGCUGACACCAACGCAUUCGGUGUCUCCUCAUGUACCAUCUCCAGUCAAGACGAACCAUGCAUCCUCAAAUAGCAUGGGUCCCGCACCGCCAGCUAGCCCUGCACGGUCGAACUCAACCUGCUCAGUCGCGACGCAGCCUUCCACACAACCAACCCCCGCGGGAGUUGUGAACAAUCCUACUCCGACACUCGGAACUGUUCCGUCGGUGACAGCAACACACUCUGCGCAGCCACCAACACUUCCACUCACAACCCCACCACAAACGCCAAUCUCCGGUGCUCCACAGAACGGGCCCGGUAGCAGUGUUCUAGGCAAGCGUGACGCAAGGCCGGCAAGCGAGUCUGAAAAAGAAGAGGGCAAGGGAGAUCCAAAUAAUGCGUUGCAGCAGCCGCCAAAGAGACGCCGUGUGGCGCCCACCCUGAUCUCCGCAGGUACCGAUGGAGCCUCGUCCUCAAAGGACAACAAGUCCUAA